AUGCCGAUACCGUCCAUAUCAAGCACUCACAAACAACAGCAUAACCCAUUGGCGCCCAGGCCUUCUAGUAGUGACACGCAGACCAUGAAUCUCUCCCUGUACACUAUAACCGCGUUCAUCGUCCUCGACACCGAAGGGCACCGCGUUCUCGCAAAAUACUACCGCCCAAAGAGCCAUCCGCAAGGCGAGCCCAAGGGUCUCUCGACGCUCAAAGAACAAAAAGCCUUCGAGAAGGGGCUAUGGCAGAAGACCAAGAAACCCGGAGGCGAUAUUAUCCUGUAUGACGGGCAUCUCGCGGUGUACCGGCACUCAUUGGAUCUAAUACUAUAUUUCAUUGCUGGACCUUCGGAGAACGAGCUUAUGAUCUCGUCUGCGCUUUCGGCGCUCACGGACGCUCUGCAAAUGCUGCUGAGGAACCAACUGGAGAAGCGGGGAGUGCUGGAGAACUUGGAUCUCGUGUUGCUUUGCCUUGACGAAACGAUUGAUGACGGUAUUAUCGUCGACACCGAUGCUACGGCAAUAGCGUCCCGCGUCAGCCGUCCGAGACCCGACACAACGGAGAUCAUUAUCAACGAGCAAACCAUAAUGAAUGCGUACCAGACGGUGAAGGAGAAAAUGCAGCAAAGGAUGGGCCAGUUGUAG